UCCCCGUGUGUGGCAUGCGGGGCCCCCAAGCAGUCCUUCGCAGGCUGGAGCUCUACUAGCCUGCAAGGGAAAAUCCAGUUUCCCACAUCUGUCUCCUUUAAAUGAGAAUCCAUUUUUAAAGUUUGUUCGUGAACCUUUCAUAUAUUCUUGCGACCCACUUUUGAGUCAAGGCCCAUGGGUUGAGAAACGCAACUCUAGGGAAUGCUUGGGUUGAUCAGGAAACUACAUCGUGACUUUAGGUCCUUUCCGGGCUAGGUGGUGGGUAGGCAAGGUUUCCUUUAAAUCAGUUUGAGAGUGGGAUGUUUAAAUGCUGCCUAGAUCCUGCUUUAGGUGCAUCAAAGAAGGAAAGCAAAAGGAAAAUGCACCUGGGCCUUAUCCAAAGUCCAUGAAAGGAGGAUGGAAAGAUUUCCGCAAACCCCGAGCAUUAGAUCAAGCUCAAAUGUAUACAUUUGAUGAUAUUUCUCUUCCCUCCCUUCUCCCCCCACCCCCCCUCAAGGCUGUGCAGAACUUCGUGCCUGGUCUGUUUGCCCACAGUACUGUUUGGCAGGGGAAAAACAAAGAUCAUGGUUCAGGCAGGGAAGCCACGGGCAGGCAGUCCCACGCGGGCACCCAGGCUGCGGGUGUUUCCAUGUGGCAGGAAAAAACGGAGAGAAUAAAGGCUCUUUUUUUCCGGGGGAGGCAGGCUCCAGAUGAAACCCCGCCUGUGCCUGCACCUGGAGGGAACUCCCCACUGCAGCACGGGGAACAGCCCUUCCUCAGCCGGUUUCUGAGGCGGACAGGGAUGACUCAGUGGCGGGCAGGGCGCGCUGCCCGGCUGGCAUGAGCAUGACUAAUUGGCAGGCGCUGGGUUUUGGGGGCCCCCAGCAGCCCGCCUCAUGCUGAGGUCAUCUCUGGGGAUCCAGGCGGGCCCUGAGGGAGACCCUCCUCCGCCCCGUGACACCCCCAGCUCUACAGUCCAGCCGGCUCCCACCGAGCGGGGCCGGGACAGACUCUCCCGCCCCCUGCCUGGAAGCUACGGGCGGGGCAACCACGCUCCCGCCCCCGUCAACAACCGCCGCCCGGCACCGGCCGCGCAUGCGCCCCUACCCCCUCCCGCAAGCGGCACCGCCCGCCAGCCCUUGUGGUCAGCGGGUGGCACAGCGCGCGCAUGCGCAGGGAACCUCACAGCCGGUGACACCCGCGCGCCCGGAGGAGCCGCCGCCGCUGCUGCUGCUUCGAUCCCGCCUCGCAUGGAACACUGAGGCCGGUUUGAAAGUAACCGUCGCCAUGCGGCUUUAACCGCUGCGCGGACCAGCCCGGCUCCCGCGCUCCCUCGGGGCGGGCCCCACGCUGUCUCGGGCCGGGCGGAGCGGAGCGGCGAAGCGGCGGCGCCUCAGAUUAGAAAGUGGAAUUUUGUCCAGUUUCUUCUUGCAAAAGAAAUAAAACUAGAGAAUAAAAAUGGGUACUCCUGGAUCAGGAAGGAAAAGAACUCCAGUAAAAGACAGAUUUUCUGCAGAAGAUGAAGCUUUAAGUCACAUUGCCAGAGAGGCAGAAGCAAGGCUUGCAGCCAAACGAGCAGCUCGAGCAGAAGCAAGAGAUAUACGUAUGAGGGAACUGGAGAGACAGCAAAAAGAGCUUUCUCAUCGCUCUUAUGAUAAAAAAUGGGGGCAUAUCCAAAAAUGGAUGGAAGAUUCAGAAAGGGCCAGGUAUUCUCACCGGUCCAGUCAACAUUCAUAUCUGACCUCAUCUUUGGAUGCCACUGGGUCACACAGAAGCAGAACAAGUGCUUCCCAAAGGAGAGAUCACGGGUAUGAAGGCUUGAAGGCUCGAUCUACAAGUUACUCUCUCUCAACUCAUGCUUACAGCGUCUUCCAUGGUAGAAAGAAGGAAUAUUCUUAUUCCCACAAAGAUCUGUUGAUUAUCCAAUGGAAAAUGAUUCAGCUAAGAAGUAGUGGACUUUACCAUGAUCAAAGAAAUUAUAGCAGCCUUAGACAUAGCAAACCUGCUUCUUCCUACCAUACUCGGUCCUCUUCUUUAUACAGUGAUCCUGUGGCAACUACUAAGAGUUACAGGGUAUCUACUACUGUAAACACUGGUUUGAUAAGAAGUACCAGUUUGGCAUCAUUAUGUGGUGAUGGAUUAUAUAGCUCAUAUAGUUCUCGUACUCCAUCUGAAUACAGUUAUUACUCUUCAAGAGCAAGCUCAACUCGAAGUAGUCCUGUGUUUACAGAUGAUGAACUAGAGAGCACCACAUCCUCUCAUCAUGUGAGCCGAGGGCGGAGAGAUAGUGUGUCAUCUGAUUUUUCUGAUCAAAGUGAAACUGCAGCUGAUUAUUUUAGUCGUUCCAACCGUAGGGGAAGUAUUGUCUCUGAUGUGGAUGAUGUAAUUAUUCCAGAUCUAAAUAGCCUGGAAGAAAAGUGUGACAAACAACAGUAUUCGGAAAUUUAUACAAGGCCGGCAUCUCGAAAUUCAGCAACCGCAACUCCCCUGAGCGGAAACUCAUCCAGACGAGGAAGCGGGGAUACCAGCAGUUUGGUUGAUCCCGAUGUCUCAUUAACUGAAUUGAGGGAGAUCUAUGAUCUUAAGGACCAGAUACACGAUGUAGAGGGGAGAUACAUGCAGGGACUUAAGGAACUAAAGGAUUCUCUUGCUGAAGUUGAAGAGAAGUAUAAGAAGGCCAUGGUAUCCAAUGCACAGUUAGAUAAUGAGAAAAACAAUUUGAUUUAUCAAGUGGAUACACUAAAAGAUAUCAUUGAAGAGAGAGAGGAGCAGAUGGCAGAGUUCUUCAGGGAGAACAAAGAGAAGUCAAAGGAACUGGAAAGGCACAAACACAUGGGCAAUGUUCUACAGCGUAAGUUGGAUGAACUUAAAGAAGGUCUUCGCCAGAGAGAUGAACUAAUAGAGGAGAAUCAACGCAUGCAGCAGAAAGUAGACUGCUUAACCAGAGAGGUGUAUGACCUCCAGGAGACAAUUAAUUGGAAAGAUAAAAAAAUGGGGGCUCUAGAAAGACAGAAAGAAUACUUUGACUGCAUUAAGAAUGAGCGAGAUGAGCUCAGAGAUGAGUUGACUGACAUGAAGGAAACAAUGAAGAGAGGAGAGAAACAUGGAUUAGUUAUAAUCCCAGAUGGCACUCCAAAUGGUGAUGUAAACCAUGAACCAGUGGUUGGUGCAAUAACUGUUAUAUCACAAGAAGCAGCUCAUGUCUUGGAAACUGCAGGAGAAGGACCACUAGAUGUUCGGCUACGAAAACUGGCUGAAGAAAAAGAAGAACUAUUGUCACAGAUUAGAAAGCUGAAGCUGCAAUUAGAAGAGGAACAACAGAAAUACUCUAAAAGUGAUGGUUCAAAUCCAGAUAUAACAGGAUUAGAGAAUGGUUCUGACUUGCAGUUAAUUGAAAUGCAGAGAGAUGCCAACAGACAAAUAAGUGAAUACAAAUUUAAGCUUUCAAAAGCUGAACAAGAUAUAACGACCAUGGAACAAAAUAUUGGAAGACUUGAAGGACAGGUUAUGAGAUACAAAACUGCAGCAGAGAAUGCAGAAAAAGUAGAAGAUGAACUCAAAGCAGAAAAAAGGAAACUUCAACGAGAGUUAAGGACAGCACUGGAUAAGAUGGAAGAGAUGGAGAUGACCAAUAGCCACUUGAUGAAGCGGUUGGAAAAGAUGAAGGCUAAUAGGACUGCUCUUCUCUCUCAACAGUAGAGAAGACUUCUUUUUUAAAUGUGCACUGCUCCUUGAAAUAACUAGCCCUUAGUUUGUUUUUAAUACAGACUUUCAUUGGCACAAACUUUUGAACACUGAACUGUUCAGUGAUAUUUUAGUUUCCUAAUUAAGUGGCAUACUUUGUAACUUAUGAGAGAAUGAAAAAUAGUUCCAGUUCCCAUGUGAAUGAUGGUGAUUUUGUUUUCUUUACCAGUUUGACUUUAGAGUCAUCUGGAGCACAAUGCUGUAUGAUUGACUUAUUGCUAGAAAAUAUGUUUUCACAACUGUGGAAUCAAGUUUACUCACAAUCCUUAUUUCAGCUGCUUUAAUGAUGCUUGGAGACAACUGCAUGACUUCAAGAGGACACUGUUUAUUAAACUAACAAAUAUAUUUGCUCAAGACAUCACACAGCACAAGUGCCUUCUAUAUGGUGCAAUUUAGACUUCAGUUAUGUUAGAUUGUCAAAAUAACCUUUGAAAUCAGAUAACUUUUAUUUUAAGGUACAUUUUGAGCUCUCUGUUCACUAAACUUUAUACAUUUUGAUGGAAAGAUGCAUUUUUGUAUAAUAUUUAAAUUUAUAAGAAAAAAAUAGGGACUGUAUAUAAAACUUGCUUUUUUGCAUGGGUGAUGGUACAUUUGCAUUCUAGAUUUUUGUCAAAUAUAAGCCCUGAAAUUCUUGAUAUAACAGGAGGGACAUCAACCUCUACGAGUUCUUUUGUUGUACAUUGUAAAACUGUAUCAUCUGCUGCUUAAGUGUGGAUUUAAAUUUUAGGGUGGGAGGAGGGUAUGGAAAAUGUGGCUGAUGAACUUAUUAAAUGGACACUUUACUGACCAGAA